CGCUUCCUUCUUUGACACACAGCAGUUGGGGGUUGAUGCAGUCUGAGCCCAGGGCACGGGUGCUGCCCAGGCUGGGUCACUGUCGCUAAAGCAGAGCAGUGCUUCUCCUGGGCCCGCGGGGCAGCUGUCGCAUGCUCUGCUGAACACGGUAUCCUCAGAAAACCAUCAGUUGUGAAACUAAAACCAGGUGCAAGGCUCCAUGAAUGCGUUUGUGAGAGUGCCUCACCUCCUCUGUACCAGGCCAGCAACGUCAGCCUCCUGCUGGAUGCCAGGCUCAGGGACCUUCCCUGCAGCAUCUCCAUCCGGUCUCAUCUUUGAGACAGUAUGGCCCAUUUCACAGAUGAGGAAACUGAGGCUCAGAGAAGGUGCCAUGUUUCUGCAACUCCUCCUGCUGCUGACCCCGCUGGGCCCUGGGAGCAGCCUGCAGCUAAUCACCCACUCAGAGUUCGUGUGGGACUACGAUGGGUCUGACUAUUAUUCACAUGGCACAGACUUUCCAGGAGUGCUUGAAACCAGGACUGAGGACCCAUCCCUGAGCCUCAAGCUUCUGAAUGUGACAGGAACAUCAGGACAGAGAGAUUUUGCAGGGCCUGAAACAUCUGAGUCUGCCUCUCUGGGGGUGGCCACAAGGGACUCUGCUGUCCUGUAUGCAGGUGCGGCAGCCACUGGGAUUCUGAGCACAGAACUGGCCACGCAGGGAAUUUUCAUCACACGGGGCCCUCUGACCACAGAACCCCUCACUGUAACCCCUUCCAUCACAGAGGGUCCAUCCACAGAAGGAGUGCCAUCCACAGAGUUGGCCACAGUGCAGGCCCUGUCCACAGGGCCAGCAGGCACAUUGGCACCAACCACAGAACCUGCAGCCACCGAGGCUCUGUCCACGGGUCUGGCAAGUGUGGUGGCACUGACCACAGAACCUGCAGCCAGCGAGGCUCUGACCACAGGGCCAGCAAGUAUGGUGGCACCGACCACAGAACCUGCAGCCACCGAGGCUCUGACCACAGGGCCAGCAAGUAUGGUGGCACUGACCACAGAACCUGCAGCCACUGAGGCUCUGUCCACGGGGACGGCAAGUACAGUGGCACUGACCACAGAACCUGCAGCCACUGAAGCUCUGACCACGGGGCUGGCAAGUAUGGUGGCACCAACCACAGAACCUGCAGCCACCGAGGCCCAGUCCACGGAGGCCCUGUCCACAGAAUCCACUUCCACUGAGGCCCUGACCACAGAACACAUAAUUGUAAAGUCUCCGUCCAGAGCACCAACUGUGAGCCCCAGUCCCACAGAGGGCCCGCUGGACCACAACCCAGUGAAGCAGUGCCUGCUGGCCAUCCUCAUCCUGGCCCUGGUGGCCACCGUCUUCCUUGUGUGCACCGUGGUGCUGGCCAUCCGCCUCUCCCGCAAGAACCACACAUACCCUGUACGCAACUACUCCCCUACCGAGAUGGUCUGCAUCUCGUCCCUGCUGCCUGAGGGGGCCGAGGGGUCCACUGCCACGGCCAAUGGGGGCCUGUCCAAGGCCAAGAGCCAGGGCCUGAAGGCGGAGACUGGGGAGGACCGCGAGGGGGAUGACCUCACCCUCCACAGCUUCCUCCCUUAGCUGCCUGGGCUCCAUGUUCCCCUCCUACCCCAAUCCUGGAGGUGGGGAUCUUUAGGGCGGGAACCCUGGCCGCCCUCCGCAGGCCUGAGAGCAGCCAAAGUCCAGGAAUCCAAGUGAGACUGGCAAACAGAACCUCCAGUGGAGAGUGGAGAUGCCCCUCCACCUCUCUGUCUCCUGUCUGUUCUGGAAUCCCUCUGAUGGCCUCCCUCUGAUGGCCUCCCACGCCUGUCCUUCCCCUCCCCCAACCCAGGAAGACUCAGAGUUCCCUGUCCCCAACCCCACCACCAUUCUCUUCUGGUUGCCAUGAUCACCUCACAGGAAGGGGGCAUUUUGGGGAGGAGAGCUUCCAUCUGGUGCCAGAGUUACCCCCAUCCUGCCCUCCCUCGAUUUCCCCUAUGACCACGUUUCAGGAUGGCCUCUAUCUUUCAUGGACAUCUGCCCCGGCCCAGCCCCGGGGCCGGGAACAGCAUAGAUCCUCAAUAAAUAUUCGGGGCACAGA